AUGGCGGCCCUCUCCUCUCCCCUGCUCCGUUCCCUCCACCGUCACCUCCCUAUCCGCUUCUCACCGCUCCGCUGUCCGACCGCCGCCUCCCCGCGCGGCUUUGCUUCCCUCCAAUCCUUCUCCUCCUCGUGCAGACCCCGACACACCGCCGUCCGCUCCUCCUCCACUGCCCCGACAUCGGCAGCACCGGAGGCAACAGAAGAGGCGGCCCAAACCGAUGAUGAUGAGGAGGAGGCGCGGGUCGUGCUCCCCACCAACGAGUCCUCGGAACGCCUGCUUCGCAUCCGCCACACCUGUGCCCAUGUCAUGGCCAUGGCCGUCCAGAAGCUGUUCCCCAACUCCAAAGUCACCAUUGGCCCCUGGAUAGACAAUGGCUUCUACUACGACUUCGACAUGGAGCCCCUGACAGAUAAGGACCUCAAGAAGAUCAAGAAGGAAAUGGACCGGAUCAUCCGGCGUGACCUUCCAUUGGUGAGGGAGGAGGUGUCCAGGGAAGAGGCUCAAAAGAGGAUUGAAGAGCUUAAUGAACCAUACAAGUUGGAGAUUUUGGAGAGGAUUAAGGAAGAACCUAUCACAAUUUAUCACAUUGGCGAAGAGUGGUGGGAUCUAUGUGCUGGCCCUCAUGUCGACUCUACAGGGCAAAUAGUCAGAAAGGCUGUUGAGCUUGAGUCUGUCGCUGGUGCUUACUGGAGAGGUGAUGAGAAUAAUCAAAUGCUACAGCGAAUAUAUGGGACUGCAUGGGAAACGGAAGAUCAACUGAAGGCUUACAUCCACUUCAAGGAGGAGGCCAAGCGCCGAGAUCAUCGGCGACUAGGUCAGGACCUUGAUUUGUUCUCUAUACAGGAAGAUGCUGGUGGGGGUUUAGUAUUCUGGCAUCCAAAGGGUGCUAUUAUAAGACACAUUUUAGAAGAUUUCUGGAAACAAAUUCACUUGCAAUGUGGUUAUGAUCUAUUGUACACUCCACAUGUUGCGAAGGCUGAUCUCUGGAAGAUUAGUGGGCAUAUAGAUUUCUAUAAAGAGAACAUGUACAACCAAAUGGACGUCGAAGAUGAGCUAUAUCAACUUCGGCCAAUGAAUUGCCCUUACCACAUCUUGGUAUACAAGAGAAAAAUGCACUCCUACAGGGAUUUCCCCAUCCGAUUGGCGGAACUUGGAACUGUCUACAGAUAUGAGCUGUCUGGUGCUCUGCACGGGCUGUUCCGUGUAAGAGGGUUUACACAGGAUGAUGCCCACAUAUUUUGUCUAGAAGACCAGAUAAAAGAUGAAAUUAGAGGUGUUCUCGAUCUAACUGAGCAAAUACUGGGGCAGUUUGGCUUCCGGUAUUAUGAGGUAAACCUUUCAACCAGGCCAGAGAAAUCUGUUGGCAGUGAUGACAUAUGGGAAAAAGCAACAAUUGCUCUGAAAGAUGCGCUCAAUGAUAAAGGUUGGAAGUACACAGUUGACGAAGGUGGAGGUGCUUUCUAUGGUCCAAAAAUUGAUAUAAAAAUUGAGGAUGCUCUUGGAAGGAAAUGGCAAUGUUCUACUGUACAGGUUGAUUUCAAUUUGCCUGAGCGGUUUGACAUUACUUAUGUCGACUCAAAUACUGAGAAGAAACGGCCAAUCAUGAUUCAUAGAGCUGUCCUUGGGUCUUUGGAGCGCUUUUUUGGUGUCCUCAUUGAACACUAUGCUGGCGAUUUUCCACUUUGGCUUGCUCCAACCCAAGCCCGUAUUUUACCAGUGACAAACAAUGAGUUGCAAUACUGCAAUGAAGUGGCUUCAGAGCUGAAAUUAAGGGGCAUCCGUGCUGAGGUAUGCCAUGGCGAGCGUCUACCAAAGUUGAUAAGGAAUGCAGAGACACAAAAGGUGCCGCUCAUGGCUGUUGUUGGUCCUAAAGAAGUUGAAUCCAAGACACUCGCCGUCAGGUCCAGGCAUAGUGGGGAGAUAGGGAAUAUGCCUGUCGACGAUUUCAUCAGCAGAAUUGAAUCUGCAGUCUUCAAGAAAUCUUCGUUGUAGAUACUUAAAUGUGUUCAGCCGCAUUUCAUAUUGUAGAACAAUAGAUCUUCAUCUCUUCAGGUUAGCAACUGAGGUCUGCCGAUCCAACAAUUUUGUGCAUAAAUGCCAUCACCACAUUUUACUCCAGAACAGAAGCCAAAUAUUCUUCUUUGUACAUAGUUUCCUACAUGGGGUUCUUAUUUAAACCACGGAACUAACCCAUUUCAUUCAA